UACGUGUUGUUUCGUCGCGAGCUCAGUGGGCGCUCAACAAGUAGCAGGGAUGGAUCUCUGCCCGAGUCUCGCGUUGCUCUUAUCUCUCAUAUCGUUUGUGCUCAGUCAGACGCAACACAGACGCUUCGAAUACAAGUACAGCUUCAAGGGCCCUUACCUGGCGCAGAAGGACAACCUCGUGCCCUUCUGGACGUACAGUGGAAAUGCAAUUGCGAGCGAAGAAAGCGUGAGAAUCACUCCAUCUCUGCGGAGUCAGAAAGGUCAGAUCUGGACCAAGAAUCCUACAAACUUUGAAUGGUGGGAAGUCGAUGUUGUGUUCCGAGUGACUGGCAGAGGGAGAAUAGGUGCUGAUGGCUUGGCAAUCUGGUUCACAGACAAACCAGGAGUUGAGGGCCCUGUGUUUGGUAGCUCAGACAAGUGGAAUGGGUUGGGCGUGUUCUUUGAUUCCUUUGAUAAUGACAACAAGCGCAACAACCCCUAUGUUAUGGCUAUGGUCAACGAUGGGACUAAAGUCUACGAUCAUGAACACGACGGGCUGAGCCAACAGCUAGGAGGAUGUUUGCGAGACUUCCGUAACAAGCCCUUCCCAGUAAGAGCGAAAAUUGAGUACUACAAGAAUGUCCUAACGGUAAAAACCCAGCUGAUAGAGUAUGAUUAUUCAAAAAUGGAAGAAGAGGGUGUUGUAGAGGAUGAAAAUGGGACUAGGUAUGAUGAGCCAAUACAACCAGUCGAACCAUACGAAAGUUCAACCACCACUGACUCUCCUACAACAACGGGUGCCCCUUUGUAUGAGUAUGAUGAGUACACAACAACUGCCUCCCCCGACACUUCAACCACUACAAAUUUGCCUGAAGAUGACUCUCAGUCGACUACUACUAGUUGGUGGGGUAAUGAGGAAGCAUCCUCAACCGUGAGCCCAGAGAGUGAAAUAAUUGUCGAGGCAGAAUACACACAAGAUGCCCCGGAGAACAGCCACACUUUAGAGGAGCCUGUACACGAGAAUGCAGAAGGGGAGAUGGAGGCUGGCUGGGGGUGGCUGGGCACCAGUGAGGGCACACCAACAGAAGACUUGUCGGCAACCUCAACACCUAAACCCUUGUUGAUCCACAAUGGAAUGACGAAUAACGAAAAGGACUACGAGAUCUGCAUGCGAGCUGAGAACGUCUAUAUUCCUCCAAGCGGAUACUUUGGAAUUACAGCCGCCACUGGUGGAUUGGCUGACGAUCAUGAUGUCCUGAAGUUCCUGGUGACUUCCCUGAGGUCUCCCGAGGAGAUGGCAGUCAUGCAGGCCAAUGCGGAGGAGGAGGAGAGGUUCCGGCGAGAGUUCCAAGAGUACCAGGAGAAGACCAAGAAGGCGCGCGACGAGUAUGUAGCACAAAAUCCUGAUUCCGUACGCAAGGAAGCAGAAGAAGAGUACGAGACUGGAGAGCAGAGAGAGUUGCGUCAGAUCUUCCAAGGACAAGGACAGAUCCAUGAUCUUAUUCGCAAUCUCCAUGCCAAAUUGGAUGAGAUAAUUGGUCGCCAGGAACGUACACUUGGCCUUGUGUCUGCAGUCCACAGUGGCAUGGGAGGCCAGGUUGCUCCUGCAGGACAGGUACCUCCAGCACAGGUUGGAGCGCUACCAGGGGACACUAUCAGGCGUCAUGAAGUGGACUCGAUCCUGAAUAACCAGAGGGACAUUGUGGCAACAGCAAGAGAUAUCAAGAACUUCGUGAAUGAUAUUCACCAAAAGAGCAACCAGUUAUUAACUAACAGUCAGAAGCCUCAGGGCUCUGUCCAGCCAGUUGGUUAUGAUCUGCAUGUUACUCUCAAUGAGAUGAAGGAAGGUCUCAAUAUUGUAAAGCGUGAUCUCGGUACAGCCAACCAGCGAUUGACUUCUGGGCCUGCAGGCGGGUGCCCUACAGUCAGCUGUGUCUCAACUGGCAUGUUUAUCACAUUCAUGGUUAUCCAGGUGGUACUGCUGAUAGGAUAUAUUAUAUACAGAGGGAGCAGUGGGGACUCUGAGGGCUGCUUAGUGCGGUGGUUCUCAUCCCGCCACGAGCACUUCCACUAGCGAUUGCGGUGCUAAGAUAACAAAGAUGCUCAAGCAAAGAAAUUUUAUUAGGCUGCCGCACAGCUGCAAGAACUGGCAACUCCACAUUCUCAGGAGUAAAAUCUUUUUCUUUCUUUCUUUCAAAUUUUCUUGGUAGAUCACU